AUGAGCCAAAACCACUAUCUUGAGGCUGCGGCUCAGAAACUGCAAGCUAGCUGCCCGGGCCAAGCCCAUUAUCUCCUCUGGGCCUGCAGUUCAUCAAACAAUGCUAAGAACACUUUUGAAGAAACAUGUCCAUACUGUUUCCAGCUGUUGGUGUUGAAGAACUCUCGAGUGCACCUCAAACCCAAGCCCAAACUGACACCCAAAAUACAGAAACUUCUUAACCAAGAAGCAAAAAAUUAUACACUCAGUUUUAAAGAAGCAAAAAUUGUAAAAAAGUACAAAGACUCCAAAAGUGUAUUACUGAUUACUUGUAAAACAUGCAACAGAACAGUUGAACAUCAUGGUAAAAGUAGAAGCUUUCUGUCAUCAUUGAAGAGCAAUGCUAGCACUCCUGUGACUAAACCCAUCGCGAACACACCAGCGAAAAAGACUCCAAGUUCUGCAGACCUAAAUCAUGACAUGUCUAGUUCCAAAGGCAAGAGCCCUGCAUGGAUUUUCAGAACACCUACAUCUGGACAGUCAACAAAGAAUAUUAAACAGUCAUAUUCCUCAAACAAUAUGAGCAAAACAAAGAAACAUUUCUCUCAACUAAAAAUGUUGCUUAGUCAGCAACAAUCUCAAAAGACUCCAAAGAUGGACUUCAGAAAUUUCUUGUCUUCUCUGUAA